GAAACGCUGACCGAGAGUAUCAUUUUGGGAGCACAGAAGCGUUCGUGAAAUCUUUCGUAGCUUCUUUGUUGGUGCGUCCAGCUCGUCAGCAUCGAGACCGCGUUCCAGCAUGGCUUGCCGGCUGAUUGCCGUGAUUCUACUGGUGUUCGUUGAUCCGCGAGGCGUGGCGGCCGCCUAUUACGGCGUAACCAUCGGUCCAAUCAAGAUGUUGGCGCAUGGCUUCACGGGCAACGUGUUCGCUGCCAGUGAAAAAAGCAUCUACAUAACGGACAUGAACUACGAUGGAAAAGGCCCAGCGGCGCGCUUCUGGGCAGGACAAUCCACGACUCUCGACAAGAACGGUGACGAGGUGUCCGACGAGCACGGAAGCAACACAGUCCUGAGGGCCUACGUGAACGCCAAGGUGCACCUGACGCUUCCCAAGAAGGUCACCGACUACAAGGCCAUUGGCAUCUUAUGCACGUCAGUUAAUGCCGACUUCGGCAACGUGGAGAUACCGAGCACCCUCGUGCUGCCGAAGGAGCAGAGCCUGGGCAAGCUCAACGCCAAGAAGCCGAAUACCAUGGCAACUGAGGUCAUCCUCAAGGACAGUGCCACCAUGCUGAUUAAGGAGUUGGAUUACGACGGCACCUGCGCCGGCUCCGCUUUCUUCGUGGCAGCGCCCGACGCCACCACCCCACCGGAUAAGAUGACCAAAUUGGAAUACGACAGCGGAAAGACGACCAAGUUGGAUCGCUACACUAAGAAAGACGUGACAGUCACGCUCCCCGCUGACCACCACUGGAACGAGUUCGGGUGGUUCUCGGUGUACUGCAUGGACACCAAGGAGAGUCACGCCGACAUCGCCAUCACCAAGACGUUGGCCGAGUCGCUGCCUGUCCACAUCGCUGCGCCUCCGCCGAAGCCUGCUGACGCUCCCAAGGACCCCACGUCCAAGGACGAUGCAGGCACAUUGUCGGCACUGUCAGUGCUUACCCUGAGCGUCGGCGCGCUGGUGACUGCUCUCGCCGUUCGACGAUUCUUCGAGGGAAGCCAGCGUGUCAAGACCUCCUGAGGACAGCUGCUUAUUUCCAUGGGCUGGCGCGGAUCCACGUGUGUACGGGCGCAUUCUACCUGGAGCUUUUGACCGAGCUCGCCGACGCCGACUAACCGGCGGACGCGUUUCCACGUAAUACGGCCCUAGAAAUAAAAGCUGACCACGUGGCACGAA